UGACUUGGACAUACAAUGUCUUUUUCUAAUUCUCUCUCACUUGGUCUCUCUCAUCACACUCACUUAAAAACUUCCAUGCGAAGGAAAUGACUAAGACCAAAUACUGUGAAACAUUCUCAAAUUCACAACAAAGUUUCGCCCUUUUUCGGCGAUUUUCCUUCUCCAUUCUAUCUCCUCAAUGAAACCCUAUUUCUUAAGCAUUGUAUUUUGAUCAACUCUAAUUACCAGGGGAAAAAGUCUGUUAUUUGGGCAAAAUGGGAUCAGAAAAUACUGAAAAAGGUUCAGUGGUUACUCAACUCAGUUUUGGUGGGUUUGAUAAUGACGUCACUGCCAAAAUGUUUGCGGAUUACAUCGAGAAUGAAAUGGGGGUACAAGUUUGGAGGUGUAGAUUGAAGAAGUCUUGGACUCCUCCAGAGUCAUAUCCAGACUUCCAAAUUCAAAGUAUUGAAGAUUUGGUUAAUACCGAUGAUUUUGAGAAGGUGGAGCCCCACGCUUUUGUUCAUUUCGCUUCCCCUGAAUCAGUACGCUAUAUUUUGGAUGUUGCGGGGGGAAAUGAUCUUACUUUGUUCGGGAAAGUGCUCAAGGUUACAUUAGGUCCUAUGAAUCCCUUUCGUAUUAAUCAGAUGAGGAGAACGACUACUCCAUUUAAGCUGACAGAUGUUCGUGUUGAUAUUGGGACUCUUGUUAGUCGGGAUGAGAUGAUUGUUGGCUGGAAAGGACCUUCUGCUGGGGUAGAUUUCCUUGUCGAUCCUUUUGAUGCAACCUGCAGGCUCAGCUUCACAAAAAAGACAGUUUUCGCAUUCAAAGACGAAAGAAAGAAUGCUGUUAUUAACUGUGAUUUCAAAGUUGAAUUUUUGGCCAGGGAGAUUAAUGAGAUUAAACGAUAUACAGAUCGUUCAGGACUGAUUAUCUUUUUUCAGCUUUCUUCUUCUCCCUUGCUCUUCUACCGUACUGCUGAUGAUGAUAUCUUUGAGUCUGUUCCAUUUAGCUUGUUGGAUGAUGAUGAUCCUUGGAUAAGGACUACAGAUUUCACGCCCAGUGGGAUUUUUGGUAGGUGUAAUUCAUACCGGAUUUCAGUUCCACCCCGUAAUGGUCCGAAGUUAGAGAGAGCUAUUAAUUAUCUUAUAGAACGACGGGUCCCAGUUGAGCAUCCGAGACUGCCACUUAGGGUCAGGGAUGAACCUAGUUUUGGUGUGCAGAUAUCCGAUCCUUUUUUCUGUGUCCAGCAUGAAGAAGGUGUGCCAUUUGAUGUAACCUUUAUGCUGAAUGCUACCGUGCAUAAAGGAAUCAUAAAUCAGCACCAGUUAACGGGGAAAUUAUUUGAUUUGCUUAGAACUCAAUCAGCAGAGGUCAACUUGGCUGCUUUAAGGCAUAUCUGUUCUUACAAGCGUCCUGUAUUUGAUGCUUGUAGAAGACUGAAACUAGUCCAUGAUUGGUUGCUAAAAAAUCCUAGGCUGUUGAGGGACUCUACAAAAUUGUCCGAAAUUGUAGAAGUUAGGAGGUUGAUCAUAACCCCAACUAAGGCCUAUUGUCUUCCACCUGAUGUCGAACUUUCCAAUCGAGUUCUUAGGCAUUACAAAGAUGUAUCUGAUCGCUUUCUAAGAGUAACCUUCAUGGAUGAAGGAAUGAGAAUGUUGAAUGCUAAUGUCCUUUCCUACUAUGCUCCACCUAUUGUGAAGAUGAUUACAUCGAAUACAUAUCCUCAAAGGACAUUAAUUUUCAAGAGGGUUAACAUAUUGUUAAAGAACGGAUUUUACCUGUGUGGGAGGAUGUACACCUUCUUAGCAUUUUCUUCUAACCAGUUGAGGGAUCGUUCUGCUUGGUUCUUUGCCGAAGACAAGAGGGACAAGAGGCUGACAGUGAAUAGCAUAAGGAACUGGAUGGGAAAGUUCACCAACAGGAAUGUUGCCAAGUGUGCAGCAAGAAUGGGACAAUGUUUCUCUUCCACCUACGCGACUGUUGAAAUUUCAUCAGAUCAAGUUGACUCAGAGCUUCCAGAUAUCGAGAGGAAUGGCUAUGUUUUCUCUGAUGGAAUUGGCAUCAUAUCACCAGAUCUUGCCAUUGAGGUUGCAGAAAAACUGCAACUAAAAGACAAUCCACCUUGUGCAUAUCAGAUCCGGUUUGGAGGUUGCAAAGGUGUUGUGGCAUGCUGGCCGCCAAAGGAUGACAAGAUCAAAAUUUAUCUUCGUCCAAGUAUGAAUAAGUUUCAAUCGAGGCACACAGUUGUUGAAGUCUGUUCAUGGACAAGAUUCCAACCAGGGUUUCUGAACCGACAAAUAGUGACCUUGCUUUCAGCACUUGAGGUUCCUGAUGAAGUGUUUUGGAGAAUGCAGGAAACAAUGAUUGCGAAACUCAAUCAGAUGCUGGUGAAUACCGAUGUGGCUUUUGAUGUCCUAACAGCUUCAUGUGCCGAGCAAGGUAAUACAGCAGCCAUAAUGUUAAGUGCUGGUUUUAAGCCACAAACUGAGCCUCAUCUACGGGGCAUGUUGUCUUGCAUUAGGGCAGCACAGCUUGGGGACCUCAGAGAAAAGGCCAGAAUAUUUGUUCAGUUGGGUAGAUGGCUGAUGGGCUGUCUAGAUGAAGCUGGUGUACUUGAACAAGGUCAAUGCUUUGUACAGGUGUCAAACCCUUCCCUGGAAAACUGCUUCUCUAAACACGGUUCAAGGUUUUCAGAAGUGAAAAAGAAUUUACAGAUUAUUAAGGGCUUGGUCAUUGUUGCCAAAAAUCCUUGUCUUCAUCCAGGAGAUAUAAGGAUUCUUGAGGCUGUAGAUUGCCCAGAUUUGCAUCAUCUUUUUGACUGUCUCAUCUUUCCUCAAAAGGGGGAGAGACCACAUACAAAUGAAGCGUCAGGCAGCGAUUUGGACGGGGAUCUAUACUUUGUUUCUUGGGAUGAGAAUCUUAUCCCGCCUAGUAAGCGAAGCUGGAUACCUAUGGAGUAUACACCUGCUGUGGUAAGGGAAUUGCCUCGUCCGGUGAACCAUCUGGACAUAAUAGAAUUCUUCACAAGGAACAUGGUUAAUGAGAACUUAGGAACAAUUUGCAAUGCCCAUGUAGUUCAUGCUGACCUUACUCCAUAUGGAGCAUUAGAUGAAAAUUGUCUCACAUUAGCAGAACUCGCUGCAUUGGCUGUGGAUUUUCCAAAAACAGGCAAGGUGGUAACCAUGCCUAACGAACUGAAACCCAAAAUGUACCCCGAUUUCAUGGGAAAGCCUGAGAAUCAAUCAUACAAGUCUGACAAGAUCCUUGGAAGAAUGUACAGGAGAAUUUUGGAUGCUUAUGAUGAAGACAGUUUCCUAUCUCCUGAAUUAAACAUCAGCCCUAAGGAUAUAACUUAUGAUACAGAUCUGGAGGUUCCAGGUUCAGAGGAAUUCACAAAUGAGGCAUGGGGUCUCAAGUGCUCGUAUGUAGGACAGCUUUGUGGCCUGCUAGAACAGUAUAAAGUCAGCAAUGAAGAGGAGAUUGUAACCGGACAUGUAUGGUCCAUGCCCAGAUCCAGCAGUAAGAAGCAAGGAGAGCUCAAGGAAAAGCUCAAGCAUGCUUACAGUUGUCUAAAGAGAGAGUUUAGGCAACAUUUUGAUAAACUUGGUGCUGAUUUUGAGCACCUAGGUGAUGAGGAGAAGAACUCAGUUUAUGAGAAGAAGGCUUCAGCGUGGUAUCAAGUGACUUAUCAUUCUGAAUGGGUGAAAAAGUCAAUGGAGUUGCUAGGCCCUGAUGACGAAGAACAGGUGAAUGUUAUUCUAAGUUUUGCUUGGGUCCCUGCUGAUUACCUCGCUCGUAUCAAGGUGAGGAAUGGAAGAGAAAAGGGAACUUUGGUUGCGUCGGAGAAGCCAAUCAAUUCUUUGGCGAAUUACCUCGCAAAGUGCAUGCAGAUGUCCUGAAUUCUCAUGUCUGUUGAUGUACAUUGGCUGCACGGCCACUCUGCCAUUAGUGUAAGUUACUCAUUGACGUUCACUGCAAUUCCUGAUGUUUUUGUAGCUUGUCCUGUUGACGUACUCUAUGUUGUAGCUUCCAUGUUCGAUCUUUUGGUACUGUUUAGGGUCUUUUUAAGAUAGAUUUGUCUUGUGCUCUUUGUUAAUGGUAAUUUCUGUAUAACUUCUGUAGCUCAGAAGUUUGCUGCAACUGUGAUUGGUUAUAACUAAAUGUUCAGACUGUUUCUCUCCUAAAACAGAAAUCAUGUACUGCAGGAAAUCAUGUUAUAUUGAGAAGUGGACAUAAUUUCCUGUUCUUGAAACAGGUAUCA